AUGGCCUUGAAUAACCUAGGAAAUGCACAAUAUGUUACCAAUAUCACCCUCGGAGGGGUGCCUAUGUCUGUCUUAUUAGACACGGGGAGCUCCGAUUUAUGGGUCAACUUUCCCGGCUCACCGCCUCAAACGACUGACCUGGGCAAAAGUUUGUCGUUAUCAUACGCUAUCGGCUCGGCUAGUGGUCGCAUAAGCUCAACCCAACUGAAAUUUAACCAAUUUACUAUCGACAAUCAAGCAUUUUUGCAGGUCAACGAUGCAUCUACCUUUUCCACUGAUAUCCAAGCCCAAGGUUACUCAGGUCUCAUGGGCCUUGGUCCAAAUUCUGGAAGCCAAGUUCUCGAUAAGAUUGGGAAGAACCACAACGCCGACUCUGUCUUGAGUCGGGUGUUCCAGCAAAGCAAGGCUUCAUCCAACUACGUCACAUUUCUGCUCGAUCGGAAGGGCUCCAACCAAGGAUAUACUGGCCAAUUUACUAUCAGCGAAACACUACCACAGUUCAGCAAUAUCACGUCGAUGCCCAAAUUGAAUGUGGAGGAAGUUCUCAAACUGUUGGAUUCGGAUCAACACUGGCAAGCACUAACGGAUAAAGACAACGGUAUCAUUGGCCCAGAUGGCCAGGUCAUCAAGAUCAAAUCUAUUGUUCCUAGGGCCCCUUCUGGUCAACUUGUCGCAGUCAUCGACUCCGGUUUCACAUUCAGCCAGGUUCCCAGAGACGUAGCCGAUGCUAUUUAUGGUCGUGUUCAAGGCGCCGUAUACGAUUCCCAAAAAGAGUGGUGGACCGUUCCAUGCGGUCAGAUGUUGCAAAUUUCAUUCAACUUUGGCGGUGUGAAUUACCCGAUCGAUCCCUUGGAUGCCGUGGAUGACAAUUUUAAUUACCGAGAUGCGAAAGGGAAUAGGAUGUGUAUCGGGGCCUUCCAACCUAUCACUACAGCGUUUAGUUUGUUGGGACACUAUGACAUGAUCAUGGGGAUGAACUUCUUGCGGAAUGUCUAUACCCUCAUGGAAUUCGGUAACUGGGUUGAUGGUGUCUCUGACCAAAUGGAGCCGUAUAUGCAAUUUCUUUCUUUGACCACACCCGACCAAGGACGCCGUGACUUCAUUCAGACCCGUUUAGGCGGAACGGACACUACAGGGGAUGCGCAGUACCAGUUACUCCCUCAAAAUCAAAUGCAGAAGUCCCCAGUUUCGGAGGAAGAGAAGAAGAAGAAGUAUCAGGAGAUGGUCCUGAGUCGUUGGCCAUACAUACUGGUUGGGUGUCUGGUCGGAGUUCUGCUCAUUAUUGGACUUGUCGUUUGGAAGUGCUGCUGUCGUCGCAAGCUUCAGAAAAAGAGAAAGGGCAAGGGGGAAAGUGCCUUUUUUGGGGGUAGUGCACCAGGAUCCCGUGGACGACCCGAAUCCUAUUCACAGCUCCAGGAUUCGUCUAUGAUGCAUCUUCCGCUGAAGGAACCGCUCCCUGCUCAUCGAUCUAGUUCUCCGCACCAAGACCCUCAUUCACCAUACCAGAACCAUCAUAAUAACGGAAGCUUUGUCGGUAAUCCUUCGAACAGUAGUGUCUUCCUCGGACAAGAGCCUCUUCAAAACCAGCAGCACCUGUCUGCGGGUGGUUACCCUCCGAGUCCGAUGAAGAGUAGCUCACCGCACUUGCCUCAAAGUACCGGGUAUGGGUAUGGGAAGGGCCUGGCUGCAGCUGAUAGCCCAGCCAGAUAUGGAAGCCCUGGUCCUCCACCGUACUCCCCUCAUUCACAGUAG